CUCUGGUGUCGUUGUUGGGUUCAUCACAAUACUCGAUCUUUCCGGUGAAGUGCAACUGUGGGUGAUCAAAAGUCACAUAAAAUUCAUGUGAAUUACAUGUUAAAUUUAUGAGCAGAAUGUGAAAGGCAGGAGUGAUUUCCUGGAAAUGGAUUCUAGGUUGUAAAUGGUGAGGCUCAGAGAUCAGCUUCCAGAGCUUGAAUGUUCCUGCUAGCACGGCAACAUGUGUUCCCCCGCCCAUUCCCGUCCCCUGGAUCUGACAUUUGAGUUUGUAGCAGUGGUUGGUCCAGAUGGGAAGAAGAAGCGGUUUGCAGUUGGAACACGAGCAGGUUUCGCAGUGGAGAGGUUCAAUAAGCUGAUUCCCAAUGACUCCAAGCCAGUUGUAUGUAUCCAAGCAUACAAAGAGGGAGAGGAGCCCAUCGAGUAUGGCCCCGACGUAGAGCUGUAUCUUUACGACAAUUCCUGGACGUUGCAAUGUGUUUCAGAAUGCAAACCUCCCCAUCAAACCAACAAGCGUGUUGAUCAGAUUACUCAGCAAUGAUGAAUGUCUAUUCUGAUUCGAUUGUGCAAGAGCUGUAUUUCGGGUGCUUAAUAACAAUGGACGUGUUCAAAUAGAAAUCAUGAAGCCUCAUACCAUUGAUGUUGCUUGGAUUUGCUACAUUAAUAGGGAUCAGUACCUGUUUUGAUUUCUUAUCUAACUUAAAAUUCAAUCAGAAAAAAGAAUGAAAAUAAAAAAAAAAUACAUGAUGGUUGAAGAUAUAUAAGUGAAUAUCUAUGAGUGAAGUUAAAGUACAAUUGCCAUUUUAAAAGUUUUGUACAGUUCUGAAAGAUUUUUAAAAGUUUCAAAAAUA